UGUUUUUCCUUUCUUCUUCUUCUUCUUCUCUCUGUGGAACAUGUGACUGAAGUAGACGCUCACAUGGCUGCCGCGGCUGCAUGAUCCGAUUUACUUUUUUAAAAGUCCGCUGAUCGGUGGCAGGAUCCCUCUGCAGCGGCCACACGGAGCAGAGAGAAGGACAGCACCCGCACAGACACACGGACAGACGGGACCAUGGCGAGCAGCAGCGGGCAGAAAGUCGUGCUGAUCACCGGCUGCUCCUCCGGCAUCGGGUUACGAAUCGCCGUCACGCUGGCCAAAGAUGAGAAGAAGCGGUACCACGUUAUCGCCACCAUGCGGGACCUGAAGAAGAAGGACAAGCUGGUGGACGCGGCGGGAGACGCGUACGGCAAGACGCUGACGCUGAUGCCUCUGGACGUGUGCAGCGACGAGUCGGUCAAGCAGUGCAUCAGUAACGUUAAAGACCGCCAUAUUGAUAUCCUGAUCAACAACGCCGGCGUGGGCCUGCUGGGACCCGUGGAGAGCAUCAGCAUCGAGGAGAUGAAGCGAGUGUUCGAGACCAACUUCUUUGGCGUCGUCCGCAUGAUCAAGGAGGUGAUGCCCGACAUGAAGAAGAGGCGUUCGGGACACAUCGUCGUCAUGAGCAGCGUCAUGGGCCUGCAAGGAGUGGUGUUCAACGAUGUUUACACCGCCUCCAAGUUUGCCAUGGAGGGAUUCUGCGAGAGCAUGGCCGUGCAGCUGAUGAAGUUCAAUAUCCGGUUGUCCAUGAUCGAGCCCGGCCCGGUGCACACCGAGUUUGAGACCAAGAUGAUGGAGGACGUGGCCAAGAUGGAGUAUCCGGGAGUGGACGCGGACACGAUUCGCUACUUUAAAGACGUCUACCUGCCGUCGUCCAUAGAUAUUUUUGAAGCCAUGGGCCAAACGCCUGAGGACAUAGCCAAAUGCACUAAAAAGGUCAUCGAGUCCAGCAGCCCUCGCUUCAGGAACCUGACCAACAGCCUCUACACGCCCAUCGUGGCCUUAAAGUACGCGGACGAGACCGGCGGCCUGUCCGUCAACACCUUCUACAACCUGCUCUUUAACUUCGGCCCUCUCAUGCACAUAACCAUGAGCAUCCUCAAGUGCCUGACGUGCAGCUGCCUGCGGAGGCGCACCAUCUCACCUAACUGAAGCCAGGAGCGUCCAGCCUUUUGCUCGUUCCCCCCAGUUCCCUUUGUUUGACCCCCAACUACGACCUCGGUGCCUUUCUUUCCUCUGAGGGUUUUUCUGGGGUGGUUUUGUUAGACUAGAACCAGUAUCUUGGAGAGAGAGAGAGAGAGAGGAGGAGGAGGAGGAGGAGGAGGUGCCUUUGCCGCCAUGAUAAGCUUUGCCUGGAUUACAUGCACACUUGCACAGAGAGAUUUUGUACGUAGGCUCGACCUCGUGUACUCUCCACAAACGACAACAACACAAAAACGACACGCGCCGUACAUACAUUCUAUGAAGAGAAGGCCUCGCUUUAUUUGCCGUACGUAGGCGGACUGGACAGAUUUGAGUCCCGUGGAGAAAAACUGCAAAGCACAAAAAAAAAACAAAAAAACCCAGAAAUAAUAACAGAAACAAACCCAAUAAAAAAAGCUAUAUUCUGUGUCUUCAGUAACGUUACACUCAGGCUCGUUUAGAGUAUCUAUAACAUGAAAGACAGAGUCAGGAAGAAUUUAUCUGCUUUUAUUGUUGUCGUGCCCUUAAUUUCAUGUUUGCCGUACAUAGUGUUCUCAUGGUCAUAACUGCUGUUGAAUCAUAUUUUUAUAAACUGGAUUUUCUUUGGUUCUUAAAAGGUUCUAUGUAUGAGCGGGUCGGUCAGGAUUUUUUUUUUCUAAUCUCACAACUUGAUUUAGAAAUAAAUCUGAUUUACUCUCAUAUGUAUAUUUUUGAUUUUUUUGUGUGAAAUCGAAUAAUGUUUUAUGACUGUGUGAGGGUUUGUUGUGUUUUUCUUCUUGUCUGCAAGAAACCUUUCUGCCAAUAGGGGGUGGUGUUUCACUGUCUUUUCCUCCUCCCCCUCAGUCUGUUGUAACCUGUGGAUUUCACAGGAUCAGCAGAGACCAGCGUGUAAAGGAAUGUUGUCCUCUGUGGCCUGAGACGGACAAAUUCAAUAAAUCAUAGUGUCAAAUUCA